UUUCAGGGCCAGCGAGACAGUCUUCAAUUACAUUCACAAGCGAUCAUAAUGGAGAGAAAUUUUAGCUUCGUCCUGCUGCUGCUGCCUCUGCUCAGCUGCCUGACUAUAUCCGUCCGCGGGCACGCCUCUGAUCUCCCCGCUGGUAUCCAGAGAUGCGCAAUUAAGGACAACGAGUGUGUGUUGAAUGGCGUCAAUUUUGUGCUGAAAAACCACGCCCAGAGCGGCAUCAAGGAGCUGGGACUGAUACCAUUGGAUCCACUGCACGUCACCAAGUUCACUAUUGGCCGGAAUCCACACAGUCCGGUCAGCAUUGAUCUGAGCUUCACGGAGGUGGACUUGUUGGGCCUGUCACGUGCCAGAGCCAAGCGAUUGGGGGGAUUCUCUCUUGAUCUUAGCAAUCCAAUUGAGUUUGUGAUGGAGGCACCCGAGCUGGCCUUCAAGGGACCUUACUCAGUGGACGGCAAGGUGCUUAUUCUGCCCAUUGUGGGCAAGGGAAGGGCCGAGAUCGUAUUGAAGCACUGCAAAAUCCAUUCUUUGAUCACAUUGAGGCCCAUAUCUAAGGGCGGACAUCACACCUUCGCAGAGGUUACGGACAUCAAGUUGCAGGUCGAUCCCUCGCAUGUUAGCUACAAGUUGGAGGGUCUCUUCCAUGGCCAGAAGGAUCUCAGCGAGAACAUGCACAUUCUGAUCAACGAGAACUGGCAGGAAAUCUUCAAUGAGCUGAAGCCCAGCAUUUCCGAGGCCAUGGGUCUGAUAGUCAAGUCGGUGCUGAACAAAACUUUUGGCAAGACACCCCUAGAGGAGCUAUUCAUAGUGUAGAAUGGAUAGAGCACCCCUAGCCCUACCCCUAGUUCAGUUAAUAUUGUUUUUAAGUUCAACUGGUGGAAUGUGCAAAUAUUUAAUUGAAUUUCAAACUCAAAAUAUAAAAGUUCCUUGUA